GGUAGAUAAUAGGCAGUCACCUGUUGGAAACCACAAGGUUCCAGGACCUUACAGGUCACCCUUAUUAAACCCUGACGUGACUUAAUUGGCACGCUCCCACAAUCACAUGCCUCGGAACAGGGACCAAACAGUGCCCGCAAGCGUGUGCCAGUUAACACAAACAGAACAGUGUCACCCAGACCCAAGCCUCUUCACACACACCGGGUCCAUUGUUAGCACAUCCGUCCACUGAAGUGAUGUAAUGGUCUGGUACUAGGAGGGACGAGCUGUAGUAGCCUACAGACCGCAUUAAGAAUUGACAGGCGUGACGGAGUGAGCUAGCAAUCACAAGGCCUCAGUGGAAUAACAACCUUCUGUCGACAUGAUGAGGGAAAAGACAGCGUUCAGGGCCAUUCUCCUACUGGGACUCGUUGGUGUCACCUCAGCCAAUGAAGCAGGUCUGGGUGGUAAAGUGUUGGUCUUCCCCUACGAGACGGACUUCAGCUUUGUGGCGCUCAUCCCCCAGAAGGAGAUGGGCCUACAGGCGUUCACGCUGUGCAUGCGUGUGGCCACCGAGCUGGAGGGCGAGCGGCAGAUCAUCCUGUUCGCCUACCGCACCCCCGACUACGACGAGCUCAACGUGUGGCGCGAGAAAGACGGACGCGUCUCCUUCUACCUGAGCGGUGACGGCGCCUUCUUCCGCCUGCCGCCGAUAACCACGUUCAGAACAAGCCUCUGCCUCACCUGGGAGUCCCUCACCGGGCUGGCCGCCUUCUGGGUGGACGGCCGACGCAGCACCUACCAGGUGUACAAGCGCGGCCACACCAUCCGACCCAAGGGGACCGUCCUUUUGGGGCAAGACCCGGACAAACACCUGGGAGACCUGGAGGCGGUGCAGAGCUUCGUGGGGGAAGUGACCGACCUCAACAUGUGGGACUAUGUGCUGACCAGAAGCCAGAUCCAAGCCCUGCAUUAUGGACAUAAGAUCGCCAAGGGUAACGUCUUCGACUGGGCCACCAUCCAGUACCAGCUCAACGGAAACGUAAUGGUGGUGGAUGAUGACUGACUUGGCGUGGAAGAGUCGCAAGCCAGCGCGGACGUGACCCGUUUGUGCGUCCACGAUGGACUCCUGCUGACCUUUUUGUUCGCUCUGGUCUUCUAGAUUGUUUGCUUCACGUCUUAAGCAAUUAACCGUGUUUACUCGUAAAGUACUUGCGGUUCAUAAGGCUGGCAUAUCUUUUUGUAAUGUUGAUUUGAAAAGGUUGCUUGAGGAUCCGUGUAGGGGUUCUGCCAAUGGAAACUGUAGUUUAAACGAAAUGUUUUGAAGGGUUUUUCAAAUGGCCCCUUAUAAUAGUUCCUGAAAUAACUUUGAGGAACGUACCCCCUUCUAAUAGGGUUGUUUUGAAGAAGUGAUAGGCCAAAAGUUUAUAUUUAAAGAAUGUCUAAAAAGAACCUCCCGGGAACCUUUCCCCUUUAGAGUGCAUUUGUAUGUAGAGCAAAACCAGAAGAUUUCAAAAGAUCCUUCAUGAAACAGACACAUUUAGCAGUCCUUUUUUAGACCAAUGUAACUUCCUUUGAUAACCAUAAGGUUUCCCUUAUUUUAUUAGCAAUUUAGUCAUGAAAAUGUGGUACACAGUAGUUGAGGUUUGUCUGCUCUUGGAGCCUGCUUUGUCAUUUGUUCAUUCAAUAUGCAAAUUACAUUCUUAUUUUGUUGCAUACCUUAUUUAGUUAUUGUUUUUGAAGCUUUAUAUGCUAGGCCUCAAGAAACUAGUAAUUUUAAUAGCCCUUAUUGUUGAUAAAAUCUAACCACAAGGUGGCAGUAUAUGCUAACCUCUAUGCAGUGAGUGUCGUUAUAGAUAUUGUCUGAUGAUGCUUGCUUUGACAUUCCUAUGCUUGAGAUUUCAAUUGCUUUUGUUCCCAAUAAUGUCUAAAGCUGCAAUGUUUAAAUGAAGCUUGUCCUUUUAGUUUUUGGUUAAUUUUAUUCUUUAAAAGUAACAAUAUUGUUUCAUUAUAUUGAACAAUAUGCAAACCAGGAUAAGUAAGCCAGUGAGAGUGAAAUUGUAUGAAUAAAAUGUGAAGGGAAGAGUGAAUUGUUUCUGUAAUUAAACAUGUAAAUGUGCUUUGAGACAGCAGCAAUUGCGUUUAAAAGCUGUAUUGUUAUAAUAUUGCCAUUGGUUAGCACACUCCCACUCAAAUUCUCAAGGUGUAAACUGAUGUAAGAAUGCUUUUGGGCCUGAAAUUAAAUUGUGUCAUGUGCAUAACUAAAAGUGUUUGUUAUAAAAGAGAAAGUGGGUACUUUUUCAGCAUUGCUUUUAUAGCUAUAAUUGCAGGUUCACAUACAGACAACAAAAUCGAAUGUGUUCCAUUGUUUUAGCUUGUGUUCUUAUAAAAGGGUGCUCUAACAUAAAUUUACUUUAAGUAUGUGUUGAAUGGCCCGUAAUCCCAUAGUGGUUUGGAAGGUGAACGCUUUCUGAUUCAAAUGCUUUUUGUUUAAACUGCAGAAUGCCCCUUUAAAAAAAGUCAACAGAAA